UGGAGUCGAGUCCGUUCCAAGACUCGAAUAAAGAAGCAUGAGAAGUGCAUUGGGAGCGGGAGUGGGAGGAGUGCAGCAUUUUCUUCUCCCUUUUCCAAGUUUCCGAAUCGCCAACUAUUCUUUCAACUUUUGCACUCCCCACAAGCGAACCCCAACCAUAGGGUUUCUCCGUUGCACAGCUAUGGCGACUGUCAUCCCUGCGCCAGUCGUUCAAGUCAAGGAGAGGAUUGAACUGACCGUCACCGAGAGGAACAUCUUUGACAGGCUUCUCGGCACUCUUCGCCACUUCGGUCUCAGCAAUCAGCUCCGAGUUGCCGGCGGCUGGGUUCGCGACAAGCUUUUAGGAAAAGAGUGUUACGAUAUUGAUAUCGCGCUGGACAAUAUGUUGGGGAGUGAAUUUGUUGAGAAGGUGAGGGAGUACCUGUUGUCUAAUGGGGAACAAGUACAAGGGGUUGCUGUUAUUCCAAGCAAUCCUGAGCAGUCCAAGCAUUUAGAAACAGCAAGAAUGCGGCUGUUUGAUAUGUGGAUUGACUUUGUAAACUUACGGUGUGAAGAGUACAGUGAUAAUAGCCGCAUUCCUACAAAGCAAAAAUUUGGCACAGCAGAAGAGGAUGCUUACAGAAGGGAUCUAACCAUCAACAGCUUGUUCUACAAUAUUAACACUAAUACAGUAGAAGAUUUUACUAAGAGAGGCAUUGCAGACCUAAAAUCUGGAAAGAUAGUGACGCCAUUACCUCCGAAGGCUACUUUUUUGGACGAUCCAUUACGAGUUCUUCGAGCUAUCCGUUUUGGAGCAAGAUUUGGAUUCAUAUUAGAUGAAGAACUAAAGGAAGCUGCUUCCUGUGAUGAAGUGAAAGAUGCUCUUGCAGCUAAAAUCAGCAGAGAGAGGAUUGGAGUUGAAAUUGAUCUCAUGAUCUCUGGAAAUCAGCCAGUUAAAGCAAUGACCUACAUUUGUGAUUUGAUGUUAUUUCCAAUUGUCUUCAGCUUUCCUCCCGAGUUUGAGCCUUCCAAAUCAGAAAGCUGUGAUAGGCUUUGCAACGCCUACUUGGAUGCUACAUGGAACCUUAUUCAAUUAAUUGGAGGAUCUAUUUUCAGUGAUGAACAACGAAGACUUUCAUUGUAUGCUACUUUGUUUCUCCCAUUUAGAAAGACCAUAUAUAAAGACCACAAGGCAAAAAAGAUACCUGUUGUCAACUACAUUUUCCGGGAGUCUCUUAAACGAAAAGCCAGUGAUUCUGAAACAGUUAUAAAUAUACAUAGUGCAGUGGACAAAUUCUUAUCUCUGAUUCCUUUCCUUGCGUCUGAUGGGGACAUUGAACUCAUUGAAGUUGACUGGGGAAGGGGAUUGGAUGAUGUCCCUCCUACUUCAAAACUUCGGGUACUGACAGGUUUACUUCUACGAGAAAUCAAAGAUUUUUGGCGUGUGGCCUUGUUGUUGUCUACACUGUUAUAUCCCACCGAUGUUGAUUAUACUGAAGAUUUUUUAAAGCAGCACUUUCAAUUGGACAAGAGAAAAGAUCUAUUUAAGGCAGUUGAAAAUGCCAUUACUGAAUUAGGUCUUGAGAAAGUGUGGGAUGUAAAACCAUUGCUGAAUGGUAAGGGUAUUAUGAGUGUCUUGGAGCUUAAAGCUGGAGGACCACUUGUUAGGGAGUGGCAAGAAAAACAGCUUGCAUGGCAACUUGCCCAUCCCUCUGGAGCUGUGGAGGAAUGCCUUGAUUGGAUGAAGCAGACCCAUUCUAAGCGUUUAAAGACGGAGUAACCAUUGACGCUCUGUGAUCCACAUCCACUCAUGGCGAAUCUCUCGACUGCCCCAAAUUGGUUACACACUUCUGGUUUGCACUGAGAGAUCAGCUGUGCUAGUUGCCCCAAGUUGCUGAGACAUUGUGUGGUUGGUGGGGGGCUUCCAGAAAAUGUUCCUGUGUUUGUUGGAACGUCUUUUCCAUGCUUUUUGGUAGGGAAAUGCAUUUAUUUUUCACCUCCUUUUUUUUUUUUUAUCACUUGCAGAGGACAUUACGACAGAAAUAUUUGUGCGGAGCAUUACCUGUAUACGGUGCACUUUUUUUUUUUUUUUUAAAUUUAUAGAUGGUUGGGAUUUGACGGGGUUUAAUUCUAUCUCUCCGCUCUGCCUUGUCGGUGUUUGAAGUAUAAUAGCGAAGCAAUGCAUAUGGUGAGAAUGGC